AUGUCUGAUUCUAUCGUUGCUGUUACAUCGGCCGCCUCUCCGAUUGCCAUUGCACAAGCGGAGAAAAAGGUCACUGUCAAGAAGGCAACUGCCGCCAAAUCGAAAAAAGCUACAGCUCCACCAUCACAUCCGCCAACCCAGCAAAUGGUCGACGCGUCAAUCAAGAAUUUGAAGGAGCGCGCUAAAAAGAAGUCGAGCGGCGUCGCCAAGAAGGCCUCUGCAGCCGGUGACAAGAAAUCUAAAGUUAAAAAAUCUGUUGCCACUAAAAAGACUGCCGAGAAAAAGACAAAGGAGAAGGCAAAGGCAAAAGACGCAAAGAAAAGUGGUACAGUUAAGGCAAAAUCAACUACAUCGAAGCCUAAAUCGAGUGCUGUAAAACCAAAAACUCCAAAGGCCAAAACUACUACUACUAGUGCCAAGCCAAAGAAGACAGCAUCGGCACCGAAAAAACCAAAGGCUGCAGCUUCCGCCAAAAAGGCAAAGACAGCAGUAGUCAAGAAAUGA